GCCCUUCGGUGCAGCUGACGUCCGCUCCUUGGUCCUCACGAAUUUAAAGACUUCUAAUCUUGUCGGAAGUUCUCUGCUUGGGCGAGCCUGAGCAAUCCCUUAGUGACCGCUUGUCGUUCUUUCAAUAAAUCCUGAUAUAUUCAGUCUGCGGCCUACUUGGCCUUCGCUCAUUCAAAUCUCGGCUUUCUAAUUCUUUGCGCUCUCUUGAAAACCGCUUCUUUCGCAGACAAUCUAAGUGUUGUGCAGGCAGGCACCGUAUACUUUAUUCUUCUUAACCCUCUUGAAACUCUGCGGCUCGUGGGUUCGAUCCUGGGCAUCAACGGUGAUCUUAGUCGAUCGCCAUUCCCUCGACUUGCUACCACUCGUCCAAUAACUUCCUGGCUGGUUUCAGCUGAGAGCAUACUCGUAUAGCUAAGAGCGGGGCCGGACCAGAAUGGCCCAUCAUGGCAAUAGGCACCCUCGGUAUAGCAGAUUGGUGAAGAGGACUAAUAUAUCAACAGCUAGUAACGAUGAUACGGGACGUACGAACAACGGGAAUUCAUCGGUUUACGGGACAAUCAUAAAUACCUCAGGAGACAGGAUGAGGCGGCAAGCGCAGGAAGGGUCGCAGCUCGAAACGAGCGGCGAAGCACCCGCGAAGGACCAGGCGUCUAUGCAAGCCACGAUAGCUGUGAAUGACAACCCCCCGACGACACCUAAUGCUCCGGCAGCAACUCCACCACCUCCGGCCGAUGUCAGCCAGCCCACGGAAUCUACAAACUCUUCUGACCAGAGCCCCACGGCUAUUUCCUCCCCCACUCCCGAAGAAAACCCCUCUUCUACUUCCACAUCGGACACAGCAUCUGUGACGACUAGUCAUGAUUCCCCGAUCUCGCCUAGCUCUCUUCCUAUGAUCUCUUCUGCUUCCGUCACUGCUUCUUCGCAGACAGCUCUUUCGCUCACGAGCUCUACUGAAACGCCCCGGUCAUCUUCCGCUGUAGCCUCCACAACGAGUUCCCCGACAUCUAGCUCCAGCCAAGCCUCGUCUUCGACAUCGAGCUCCAGCUCCAGCUCCAGCUCCUCCAGCACAACUACAACGUCGUCAACAACUACAUCCACGACAACCUCUACCACAUCAGAGCUUUCUACGACGUCCUCACCUUCUGGCACCGAAGGUGGUGCCUCGUACGGCUGGGGUGGAGGAUCAGGGCCCUCGGCCACCGAGCAGAUCCCUUUGGCCACAAGCACGACCUCUUCAACGACUAGCUCUUCUUCCCAAGGCUCUGGUGCUCUCGACAGCGAAACAAAGGGCAAAAUUGCUGGCGGCGUAGUUGGCGGCGUAGCUGGCGCUAUGGUUUUGGUACUGAUAGUUUUCCUCUUGCUCCGGAGGCGGAAAGCAUAUCAACAUAGAGCUCCCGAAGUCCUCCCACACGGCGAUAUGACUGGCACUGCUAUAGGAGAAGGAUCUGUAACCAGAUCAGCAGAUGUGGUCUCGCGUCGGUCCAGCAAUGAUCCCUUGUUCACAGCGUCAUACUUUGCGCCGGCGUUCAUGAAGCGUUGGAGACAAUCACGUCUGUCUACCCAUACAGAAAGUACUUUAGAUUCUGGCGCCAGCGAACGUGGUUUCCAAAAGAUAUCUGGUCGGAAGAUUCCCUCAGUGCUACAGUCGGGAGGGGAUGGAUAUGGUGGUGGUUUCUCAGAGGGUUCCCCAACUGUCUCGGAGCCAAGUAUGAGUUUCCCGCCAGGCUCACCGGUCCUUCCACGUUCACCGACAUCUCAACCGCCUCCCUCAACACCGUAUGGCAUGCCAUUGGACGUGAGUUAUACUAGGGAAGACGAGGAGACGCAUCCCGUGGUGAUAUUCCGACCAUCGCCUGCGAGGACACCUAUUUCUGGCUCCGCGGACGCUAGUUUAUCCAAUGAACCCUCUCUAUCGCGGAUUGUCCCUGUGGCGCAGGGGGCAUUGUCUCCCACCGUACCGAAGCGACCAGAUAUGCUGGGUCGAAGUCACCCCAGCUUUGACGGUAGCCGGGGCAGCCGGUUUACUGAGAGUAUAUGAUCUUGUCCGCCAUUUUCGUUCCUUUUUGACCAUCGCAAGCAUCUCUUUCGCUAUCAAAAUGACUGGAUAUAUAUCAUAGGAGCUUUGCUCCGUACAUAUGUUGAUCCGCUU